AGUUAUUAUCAAAUUGUAUCAUGGUAUCAGAGCUAAGGCUCUCAAAAACCUAGCCUCUCUUUUUUUCCGACCGCCGCCCAUCAUGGCAGCCCCGUCGGAUCCUUUGGCGUCCUUACCCUCCGGAGUAAAACUUUUGCUUCGGAGUCUCCACAACUUAAUCCCAGAAAAACUCACCGAAACAAAUUAUCCGGCAUGGUCUCUCAAUGUCCAGACAGCUCUUUCAGCUAAUCUCCUCCUUGGAUGGAUUGAUGGUCAUGAAGCAGCCCCGUCGCCAACUAUCUCCAAAAACGAUAAAACCGUCCCUAAUCCAGAGUAUACCUCCUGGACCAUCGUUGACACAAUACCUUGAUGAUGUGGCAACUAUUCUCUUGGAUCUCGAUGCCUUGAAAGAAGAGAUCCCUGAACGUGAUGUGGUGAAUGCUGUUAUUCGUGGUCUUCCCACCGAAUACUCAUCCUUUAAGCAAAACAUUCGCAUGAACAAUACCAACAUUUCGUUAAAUCAGCUUUCUGGAUGGCUGAUCUCCGAAGAAAUAAACCUGGAGAUGGAGAAUAAACUCAGCCUCACCGAGUCUACCAUCACCGAACCUCGCACAGCACUUCUCGCUACAAAUGGUCGAGGUAAUGAAGAAUCACGCGAGUUUCUUCUCAAUUGCUGCGGCAAUCUUUUGGCCGGAGAUGGCAGAGGCGCCGUCGAUCAUUGGUGGGCAGGCGCCGCCAUUGCCGGAAACCGGCCGUGGAUGAAGGCCGCCGCGAUCUUCGGCACCGCCGACGUAAGCAUGGAGCUUGUACUCCUCCAAAUCGGUAUGUUUAACGUAAGAGCUGCUCUGCAUGGGCAAUAAUAAUCCUGAUGACGAGGCUUCUUCUUCUUUUGUUACCUCCUUCCUUAGCUGCUGCUGACUCCCCAUUUUUAUUCCUAAUUAGGGUUUAUUAUAUCGCAAUUUUAUUUGGAAACGUUUAAUUCUAUUCUUUCUUAAUCAUUAAUUAGCUGCUUCUUCUUCUCUACCUAAGACAAAUUGUGGGUUAGGAUUUUAUUGUAUUAUUACAACGUUAUAAAAGGCUGAGAAUGCG